UUAGCGAAGAUCGGUUCGUCCUUCUGAUUUAUUUUGCUGUAGACAUUUAUCUCUCUCGUGUACGUUUAACGUGUACGUACGUAGUUCUUGAUUAUUAAAUUACGUUGUACGCUCUUUGUGCUUUCGUUGAUUUUCAUCUAAGUUUCGACAUGUCAGAACGUCGUAGAAUUUUUUCAUCAACGAGAUUAAACGAGCAAGAGAGAGCAUUCGGUAAGGAGAAUAUUUGCGAUUUAAGGCAAUCCAACAAAUUGGCUGGUACCAAUUCUCAGAAGGCUCCAUCUUCGAAAAAAUCUCAUCCCAGUGAUAUCGGUGGUCCGUGUUAUUGUAAUGUGAACCCGUGUAACAAUAUAAUUUACAACAAUGUCAAGUCGUCGGCGAAAAAGACACCGUUUCGAAUUCACUUUGAUCGUGCUGGAAACGAUUUUAACAAAGGAGUUCGCGUUCGAGAACGGAUCGUCGAGUAUGAUACUCGCAGGAUCGAGGAACUUAAGAGAAAUACACGAUUUUUGGAUAAUAAGCUCGUGUUAUGCCCGAGACGCGAUUUUUACACGAAGAAAGAACAACCGGAAGUGAACGUGGCCCAGAAUUUCAAGAAGAACAAGGAGAUCGUUCCUAACUCACCCGUUUCUUCAUCUUCCGAUAAAAGGACAGUAAGAUCGGUUAAAUCCAUUUUCGAUCUCAAAUUACCAAAGGGACAGAUUUCAAUUACAAAAUCUUUGGUAGAUCUUUCUCAGGAAAGUAAACAAUCAACAAACAUUGUCAACAAAGUCCGCGAUGCAAGUAAACAAGAUUUUCGUCCUACAAAGUCUACGUACGUUGAAAAGAAAGAAUUGUUGUGUACGACGUCUCACUUACGCUCAAGAUAUUGUUCCGAUCAACGGACAGUCGUCGUAACUAGGAGCAGAAUAGCCUCGACUGGUUCUACAAACAAAGAUAUUGUCGAUCGACAGAAACAACAGGGUGGUGGAUUGAAUAAAUGGAACGCAUUCGAUGGUAACAAAGAUUCAUUAUUUGCGGGUAUUUCGACUAUACUUUCCUCCGAUUCGUUCAAGAAUCAAGCUAUUACUAGAGGUCCGAAUAAGUCUGACUCAUUCGAUAUAUUGAUAUCUCGAGGAAAAUUAACGAACGAUCGGGAAAGGCAACCGUUGGUAUGGAAUAAAAUUCCAUCGAAGGUACAAGGAAAAGUAAAAAACGAUUGGGAAGUCGUUAAACAGAAUACUGAUUUUUCUCCGUACUUGUUAUAUCAUGCCGAUUAUCUCGUUGAUCUGCUGACUAUUGAAAAAGAUAAGGAAGAUAAUUCACCAAAAUUAUCUUCCGGAUUUAUCGACAAAUAUACUAAUAACGAACCGAGAAAUAUAAUAGUCGCUUUUCUCAUACAUCUGGCUACACAUUGCCGCUAUCCGUCGUUCAUUCUUUAUCAAGCGGUGAAACUUUUUGAUAUUAUUCUCGACAAAAUUCCUAUAGAUAUAACGGACAUGCAACUGGUAGCUAUAACAGCGUUAUGGGUUGUCCUGAAGAAAGAAGGAAACUUCAAUAACGUUCCAUCGGCAACAUUAAUGCUCGGCCUAAUUCCAAAUCAACAGUACGCUAACGUAGAUAUAUUGGCCGAAUGGGAGAGAGUGAUCUUGCGUUCUCUCAAAUUUAAUAUAUCAUUUUCCGAUCCAUUUUCUAUUUUCGUUUUUUACGUGGUUAAUUGCGAUUACCACGAUCAGGAUAGUAUUUGCAACCGUACCAUCACCAAAAUCUAUUACUGCGGAGGUUAUAUUAUCGAUUUGACGUUAUUGGAUGUGAACUUUAGUUACAUAACGUCGAAUCAUUUGGCACUCGCUACGGCUGAAUUAGUAAUGUGCAUUGUCCUGGACAGUGAUGCCGAUUUAUCAAACCCUCGAUGGCAUUUCUGGAGACGCAUUAUAACAGAUGGUAUUAAAAUUCCAAUAAGAAUUUACGACGAUGAGAUCAACGUGUUAAGAUCAACUAUGAUCUCUCACGUUUUGGAGUCAGAGAAAAAGCAUACGAAGGAGGAGACGGUGAAAAAAAGAUAUGGUCACAAUAGAUACGGUAAUAUUUCGAACUUUCUUCUAGAGAAGAUAAAGAAGAUACCGCCUGAGAACUAUUCGAUUUCUAUGUAAUUUCUUUUCAUUGGUUUUUUAUUUCUUGACCGUUUUUCUUUUUCAAUACCUUUCGCCCCUACGUCAUUUGUCAUACAUCGUCUGUAUCCGUUUAAGUGGGAUCAAGAAAAAAAAAAAAAAAAAAAAAAAAAAAAAAGAAGUUUAAUUUAUUAUUUAGUUAUAAGAUUAUAAGAAGGAAAGAAAUAUUUCGAUUAUAUUGCACUUUAUUUAGCUCUGAUUAUAUUCAUUAAUGUUUCAAAUCGAAUCGCAUAGAUGCUCGUUCAUAUAUACACCCACACAUUAUCACUUGAAUGUUAUACAAGUACGUUAAAGAAAUAUAAUAUAUUCGAUUG